AUGAACGUCGUGGACCACGUGCGGGACAUGGCGGCCGCGGGGCUGCACUCCAACGUGCGGCUCCUCAGCAGCUUGUUACUGACGAUGAGUAACAACAACCCGGAGCUCUUCUCCCCAUCUCAGAAGUACCAGCUUUUGGUGUAUCACGCAGACUCUCUCUUCCACGAUAAGGAAUAUCGGAAUGCCGUGAGUAAGUACAGCAUGGCUCUACAACAGAAGAAGGCGCUGAGUAAGACCUCCAAGGUGAGGCCUUCCACGGGGAGUUCAGCCUCUACGCCUCAGAGUCAGUGUCUUCCGUCUGAGAUUGAAGUGAAGUACCGAAUGGCUGAAUGCUACACAAUGUUGAAACAGGACAAAGAUGCUAUUGCUGUCCUUGAUGGAAUCCCCUCAAGACAAAGAACUCCCAAAAUAAACAUGAUGCUGGCAAACCUGUACAGGAAGGCUGGCCAGGAGCGCCCGUCCGUCACCAGCUACAAGGAAGUCCUGCGCCAGUGCCCACUUGCGCUGGACGCCAUCCUUGGCUUGCUGUCCCUUUCUGUAAAAGGUGCCGAGGUGGCAUCGAUGACAAUGAACGUGAUCCAGACUGUGCCUAACCUGGACUGGCUCUCGGUGUGGAUCAAAGCCUACGCCUUCGUACACACUGGGGACAACUCCAGAGCCAUCAACACCAUCUGUUCCCUGGAGAAAAAGUCCUUGCUACGUGACAACGUGGAGCUGCUGGGGAGCUUAGCCGACCUGUACUUCCGAGCUGGGGACAACAAGAACUCUGUUCUCAAGUUUGAGCAGGCCCAGAUGCUGGACCCCUACCUGAUCAAAGGAAUGGACGUGUACGGCUACCUCCUGGCUCGAGAGGGACGGCUGGAGGACGUGGAGAACCUCGGCUGCCGGCUCUUCAACAUCUCCGAUCAGCAUGCAGAACCCUGGGUGGUCUCUGGUUGUCACAGCUUCUACAGCAAACGCUACUCCCGGGCCCUCUAUUUAGGGGCCAAAGCCAUUCAGCUCAACAGCAAUAGUGUGCAGGCUCUGCUGCUCAAAGGUGCUGCGCUCCGGAACAUGGGCAGAGUCCAGGAGGCAGUAAUCCACUUCCGGGAGGCCAUCCGGCUCGCCCCUUGCCGCUUAGAUUGCUAUGAAGGUCUCAUCGAGUGCUACUUAGCCUCCAACAGCAUUCGGGAAGCGAUGGUCAUGGCUAACAAUGUUUACAAGACCCUGGGCGCCAACGCACAGACCCUCACCCUUUUAGCCACGGUCUGUCUCGAGGACCCAGUCACUCAGGAGAAAGCCAAAAGCCUGUUAGACAAAGCGCUCAGCCAGCGGCCCGACUACAUCAAAGCGGUGGUGAAGAAGGCGGAGCUGCUCAGCAGAGAGCAGAAGUACGAAGAUGGGAUAGCCCUGCUGAGGAACGCCCUGGCUAACCAGAGCGACUGCGUGCUGCAUCGCAUCCUAGGCGACUUCCUGGUCGCCGUCAAUGAGUACCAGGAGGCCAUGGACCAGUAUAGUAUAGCGCUCAGUUUGGACCCCAAUGACCAGAAGUCUCUAGAGGGGAUGCAGAAGAUGGAGAAGGAGGAGAGCCCGGCGGACGCAGCUCAGGAGGAGGACGUGGACGACAUGGAGGGGAGUGGGGAAGAGGGGGACCUGGAGGGCAGCGACAGUGAGGCCCAGUGGGCCGACCAGGAGCAGUGGUUCGGCAUGCAGUGA